UUUCCAGUUCGAACUGAGGUCCAAGGACCCUUAGUUUGGUGUCAUGGGAUUGAGCGAUGGUGGUAGACCGAGAGGCCAAGAAUUCGUCGGGAUGAAUGUGGCAACUAAAUGAACACUGUUCGGCUUUGUCCGGUUGCUGCUCUGAAAAGUGGGUAAUGCCCAUCAGAAGGCAAUUUUGUCGAUUGCAAACGCCACGUCCGUCUUCCGCUGAUCCCGAAAACAGUUGAUUGCAGGCGCCGUCCCAGGAUGCGGCAUCACUACGGGCCAAGCUUUUUCCCGUCCCGCUGAGCCGUACCAGAGGAACAAAACAUAUGGUGGUGGCUGCCUAUUCGGUGGUAAUUGUCUACACGUACUACGUUUCCCUGCUAUAGUUGAGUUGUAAUAAAAUGGAUCGGAUGUCCCAAUCACCU